UGUACUUUUCCUGUCUUUGCUUUGGUCUCCCAGCCGCCGAGUCGAAUCGCCCUCCACCCUCCCUUUCUCUCCUUCCUUUGACCGACCUCUCCUUUUCAUCCCGCUGCACACUGAUGAACUACCGGUUACCAUCCCCGUUGACGUCGAUACACUUGCAACCUCUAUCGUUCCCACGUUGUAGUCCUUCAGGAUGCGGUGGCGGCUGCCUGGCGCCCGAUCGACUCUCCCCGCCAGCGUCGCUCUGCUUCUGUUCCCCGUUCUUGUUGCUCCGCAGCAGCAGCAGGAACGUCAUGACAUUCCUUCGACCUUGUCGGUCCCCUUAGGAUCGACCGGUCAUGUUGUUGGAAAUGAUAUACACACUCCAUUGGACGUGAAGUCCACCGAUGCGAGCGCCCUAGCAACUAUGGCUCUGGCGGGCCCCGGCCGCGCCGUUCGAGCCCCUCCUGCCCAGGUCAGCAGCCCGUCUGCUGGCCUCUCUACGCCGCUUAACGCGCGAUCCUUGCAGGAUUGGGAGGUUGAGGACUUUGUCCUGCUGGCGACCGUUGACGGAUCCAUUCACGCCCGAGACCGGAAGACUGGCGCGGCCCGUUGGGCCCUUGAAGUGCCGAGUAGUCCUAUGGUCGAAAGCAUCUAUCAUCGAGCGAAUCGAUCCAGUUUCGAUCGGACCCAACCGGAAGAUGAUUUUCUAUGGAUCGUCGAGCCAAGUCAAGGCGGCAGCCUUUAUAUAUACAGUCCUGGUCCGGAUGCAGGACUGCAGAGGUUGGGGUUGACUGUCAAAGACCUGGUGGAUAAGACGCCUUACUCGGGGAGUGACCCUGCUGUUACGUAUACAGCACGAAAGGAGACGACUUUAUAUACUGUUGACGCUCGUACCGGCACGAUUCUCCGCGUUUUCAGCUCCAGAGGCCCGGUUCCCUCAGGACCGGAGUGCCGAAAAGUGGAUGGUCUUGACAUGGACCCAGAGGAAUGCGAGUCUCCGUCUGGCACCUUGGUGCUCGGACGGAUCGAAUACGCCAUAGCUAUUCAGAAUACCGAAACAGGGGAUCCGAUCUGUACGCUGAAAUACUCCGAAUGGGCGGCCAACAACCGUGACCUGGACCUUCAAGAACAAUACUUCCAAACUAUGGAUGCGAGCCACAUAUAUAGCAUGCACGAUGGGGUGGUGCUAGGGUUUGAUCAUUCUCGGAUGGAACGUCCGCGUUAUACACAGCGUUUUUCCACGCCAGUGGCUCGAGUUUUUGAUGUCGUUCGCCCCAUCAACCUCGAUUCACCCGACGCACCUACACCCUUAGUACUUCUCUCGCAGCCUUUACAGCCGCCUGAUCCCGAUUACGGGUCCUUGGAUGAUCGAGAUACCCGCGUAUACAUUGAUAGUACUCAGGCAGGUGGUUGGUAUGCCAUGUCCGAGGAGACCUACCCCUUGGUUACGGGACGGGCCAAGAUGGCACAAUGCUACGAGAAGGACUACUUCCGUCAUGGCCAACCUCUGAUGAGCUUGACACCCGGCCAACAGCGAGAUGCACUAGCUGGUGUGCACUCGCUCAAUGGCCCUCGUUUUGUUCGUCACGUCCCGAGCUUAUCCGGAUCCUCGAGAGUGGAGCUCUCCAAUGAUACUCCGCAAGAGUUGAAUCGCAGUCCUUCAGAAUUAGCUCUCCCUCCAGCGUUACGGCACAGCACGAUCAUUCGGAAGGGGUGGGAUAACGCUGCUGACAUCUUUGUGACUUUGAUAUUGCUGUUCUUAGGUGCUUUCAUCUAUUUAAACUCACACAAUAUUCAGGAACUGGCGAAGCAGAAGUUGGACUUGAAGAACAUCAUUUCGUCCUAUGGCGGGCCGCCUCUGUCCGCUCCAUCAACUCCUGUUGUCGAUGCCGAUCUCAAAAGAGGUGAUGGUCUCUCCCGACCGAUGACCAAUGUGACCAUCGACGUCAGUGUCCCUGAAGACCAACAACAGGGCGGCGACGUAACCCCCAAACCAAAGAAAGACCGCAAUGCCCUUGCCCCCAAUAGCACACCGCAUGUACGAAUUCGAGAGCCUUCGCGCGGUCCGGAUGACGAUGAGGACGUCGAUGAGGCGGCUUUCGAUGGCGCGGAGAAGCCUAAAAAGAAAGCUCGUCGGGGCCGUCGUGGAGGCAAGGCGCACAAGCGAGGUAGGAAACUCGGAUCCGAAGGUGAUUCUAAGGAAUCAGCCGACCGCGUUGUGAAUGAAGUGAACAACAUCCAAUCCAAAUCUCGGUUGGAGCCUGAUGUGCAGAUGGUCCGCACGGUAUCUAACGAGAUCAUGGAGAUGGACGGCGUCCUCCAAAUCGGUCGGCUGAGAGUGUUCACUGAUGUCGUCUUGGGCCAUGGAAGUCAUGGAACUGUCGUCUAUCAAGGGUCGUUCGAUGGACGAGACGUUGCUGUGAAACGCAUGCUAGUGGAAUUUUAUGACAUAGCGUCUCACGAGGUUGGCUUGUUACAGGAAAGUGACGACCAUGCGAACGUGAUUCGUUACUUCUGCCGAGAACAGGCGACCGGAUUUCUGUAUAUCGCUCUGGAGUUAUGUCCAGCCUCCUUGCAAGAUGUGGUGGAGCGCCCCUCAGAUUACCCACAACUGGUCCAGGGUGGAUUGGAUGUGAACAUGCCGGAUAUUUUACGUCAGAUCGUCUGUGGUGUUAGAUAUCUACACUCCCUAAAGAUCGUUCACCGAGACUUGAAACCACAAAAUAUCCUAGUGGCCACGCCCCGGGGACGUACUGGCGCACGCUCCUUGCGUCUUCUCAUCUCUGAUUUUGGCCUGUGCAAGAAAUUAGAAGACAACCAAAGCUCUUUCCGUGCCACCACGGCUCAUGCUGCUGGAACAUCUGGCUGGCGAGCCCCCGAGCUUCUUGUGGACGAUGACAAGAGCUCGGUGAUCCAAAGUUCCGAGUCACAGCACACUGAGUCCUCGGAGCCCGCUGUUGUGGAUCCUCAAACCAACCGAAGAGCCACUCGUGCUAUCGAUAUCUUCUCCCUGGGCUGUGUGUUUUACUAUGUCUUGACUAGGGGGAGUCAUCCGUUCGACAAGAACGGCAAGUUCAUGCGAGAGGCAAACAUUGUGAAGGGCAACUACAACCUCGAUGAACUUGAGCGUCUGGGUGAUUACGCAUUCGAAGCCCGUGAUCUUAUACAGUCAAUGUUGUCGCUUGAUCCUCGUAAACGACCCGAUGCUAGUUCUGUCCUUACGCAUCCAUUCUUCUGGAGUGCAUCCGAUCGCCUCGCCUUCCUAUGUGAUGUAUCCGACCAUUUUGAGUUCGAACCGCGUGAUCCACCAUCUGAAGCCCUCAUAUGUUUGGAGGCAGUCGCUCCACGGGUCAUGGGACAUGAAAUGGACUUCUUACGUCAACUACCCGCUGUGUUCAAGGACAACCUGGGCAAGCAGCGCAAGUAUACAGGUUCGAAGAUGCUGGAUCUUCUGCGGGCGCUACGCAACAAGUGCCAUCACUACAAUGACAUGCCCGAGCAUCUUAAGGCAAGUAUCGGUGGCCUGCCCGAAGGAUAUCUGAGCUUCUGGACCGUCAAGUUCCCGAGCUUGCUCAUGAGCUGCCAUUCGGUAAUUGUGGAUCUACGUUUGACACGGAUUGACCGCUUCAAGCGGUACUUCACCGUGCCCGAGUAAUAUGAAAAAAUUUAGUUCUAUUUAUAUGACACAUUUACAUUAUCUACACCUUUAUGUUUUACUAUCUACUCUCAGAAACAUCAUUGAUCUACUGUGCAACACAUUUUUGGUUAGACAAGGUUACGCAUCUUUCAAUCCUCUAUAGAUAUACAUUUUGAGCAGGUCUAGCUCUAAUGUACAAACAUAAUAUU